GCAGUACUUUGACAAGUUUGAUUGACACUAUCUACUGCAGGCCUGAAAAAAAUCAAAACAUUAUCAUAAUUUAGUUUUUAACUCAAUAACAUGGAUAUGAUGUGGAAGCAAUGACCUCUUAUCGCCUUCAAUUGAAAUUAUAGAAAUAAAUUAGCAGAAAUAUUACAAAUCAAGAUGUUAGAAACUGAUGAAGUUGAUGAUGACUUCUUUACCCCGGUGGCUGGCACAUCACUGGCCAAUAUCUUCGGUAAUGUGACAAAAAACGAUGGGAAAGCAAAUGACUCAUUAAAGUACGUUCCUCCAAAGCCACAAAACAUUGUGCCAAAACCAGAACCAGCAAAGACAACUGAAUGCAUAUUUGCCUGUGCACUCAUUGGACAUGAAUGGUUCAACAAUGUAUACACAGCAAGAGGGAAAAUAGGUUUUGCCAUUGUUAAAAUACAGAAAACUGGUGCUCAUAACAUUGUACUCUAUGACUCUAACAAAACUACCUUGUCUUGUACCACAAUUUCAUCCAAUUUAGAGGUCACAAUCAAAAACAACACUUAUGUAUCUUAUUAUGAUAAUCAGAGGAAGUACUGGAGUGUAUACGGUACAAAAGAAGAAGUGGAAAAGGUUGCUGAAUAUUUAACUAAGUUUCAAGUAAACAUUAAAUAUUCAACCUAUACAGAUCAAGAUCCUCCAAAGCCAGCAUCAGAGGAUGCCAUCAAGAUUGCUGAUACUCCAGAUGUAAACAAGAAAAUUGACAAGGGUAGCGAUACUGACUCCUCAAUUAAUAGAAAAACAAAAGCUUCCAUUUUGAACAGGAUGGCCAACAUGGGCCAUUCUGUUUUGCCAACCAGAACCCUUCCUGUAGAAAGAACUAGUGAUUCCUCAGAUACAAUGGAAAUUGAGACUCAACCAAAAUCUGUCAGACACAAACCAGCAAAAAAUAUUCUAAAAAGAAAUAAUCCAGAAAACAUGUCUGACUCACACCAGGUGACAGAGUCUCAUCAGAGAAUAAUAGUGCCUAAAACAGAAUCUGUAGGAAAUGUUUCUUUAUUUCAUACUGGACAGUUAUUACCAGUUACAAGCACAAAUCUUGUAUCAACUCCCAGCAAUGAAAUGGGCAUGUUUAUAUCAGAACAGAGAAUAAGUAAUAGUGAGCUAAGAAUAAAUAUGAACAGGAUAACUGACAAAGUGGACUCUGUUUUAGAAAAAAUCAAUAACUUUGAACAAAAAGGAAAUUCAAGUAUAAAUUCAGAGAUUUUGAUGAAGUUGUUAGCUGAGUAUGAAAAUAAAAUUAAAGUUUAUGAAGAAUUACUGAAACCAAGAGGUGAUAAAAGUGUUGAAAAUGUCACCAGACCUACGCUUGCCCAGAAUGACAAUCAAAAUGAAAUGUUAAAGAAUAAAGUAUCUGAAUUAGAAAAGAUUAACCAAGAAAAAAGCAGAGAAAUAUCAUGUCUUCAGGAAGAAAUCAAAGUAUUAAAAAGUAGAUAUGAUGAAGAGAGAAGCAGCCAAGCUAGUAGUGAAGAUGCAUUAUUAAAGAAAAUAAAUAAUUUAGAAAACAAUUCUAAAGAAAAAGAUGAGGAAUUGUCUACUAUGCUGAAGAAAUAUGACGAUUUAGUCAGCAACACAAAUGUCAAUAAUGGAAAUAUUGGUGAUAAAGUAAAAAAUAUCAUGAAUGACACAUUCCAAACCAUUUCUAUUAAUUUUGAUAACAAUGAAAAUUAUACAGGUGAAACCGUAAAGAAAAUCAUAGCAACUGUUAUAAAGAAAAUUACAAUUCAAACAUUAAGAGAAUUAUAAAUAACUGCCAUAACUUCCAGUGAUUCCUUUUAAUUUUAUUCUAAGUUUAAUUUCAUUUUACAUUAUUGAAAACUAGUUUGUAAACACUAUUAUUUUAUUUUAUUGUAUAGCAUUAUAUCGUCAACUUAUGAUUGUAGUCAGUACCUUAAGAAAAAGAUGACGUCAAUUGAACCAUAAUAUCACUUGGUGUGCCCAUUCAAAACUCCUUUUCCUAAGAGACCUUUUAGGACUCUUGUUUUGAAUGAGUGAAAGGAUGAAAGGAGACUCGAUACAAUAAUUGAAUGUUACGACGUGAAAGUGAUGGCCGAUGGCAGUUUUAUUUUAAAUAGCAAAGGUAGCAAUAGUAACAAGUAAUACCUAUUGAGUUUGUAUUUACAAUUUUUUAUAGUAGCCUUUCAUAUGACUGUAAUUAAACUAAUGAUAUAACU